AUGUCCAAGCGGAGCUACGAUAGCAGUGCUCACGAGAAACGCAUUUCCAAGUAUCGUGUCAACGACGAUGAUUUAUUCGAAUAUGUCCUGCGUGUAGCUAUCCUCAGCUAUGUCAUCCAGCCGAAAGUAUCGAACCAUCAUGCUAACGCCUCCGAGGUAAAGGAGAAGGAACACCACUCAAAAUUCUCAGGAGCCAUAUCCAACUCCAUUGUUUCCAUAGGUGACAUAUUCAAGGACAUCAGGGAUGGGUCGAAGAGCGUCAAGUUUCCAGAGAAACUCCUCAAAGUCUUGGAGCAGAGACUACAGAAUAUAGCAAUGGGGAAAGACGCUGCGUAUUCUGACCAAUUAACAAGGCGGACUAUGGCCGUUUUCUAUGGGCAGUUCAUGGGGGACCCUUUCAGGAGGCAGAUGAAGGAGAACAGGAGCAUAGAGGAAUUGAUCUUGAUGUUUGCCUCACAAGCCACCAGUGUACUCAGGAAGGAGCCCACGCUCGCUGAUGACGGGUGGAAGGUCGAGGUGAACAACCAAAUUGCACUGUUCGUGAAGAUGCUUCGGGAUUGUCUGAAGGCUCUCAGCCAUGUUUCGCCCGAGCUCAAUUCACGACUGGAUAUGUAUAUUGCCAAGCUUGCACCAGCGCAGUCUUCGAAUGAUUCGGGGUACGACUCUGCAUCGGUAUCGCGCGAUCGAGGAGAUUCCAUCAGCACACAAUCGAGCGUCAGCCAGAACAUUUCGGAUAUGCCCUUUGUGAUGAUUGUGGCACGCCUAUUCAAGAUUCCUGAGAGCGCCAUGCAGAGCGAGGUGGAUAGGAUGCGGAAAACAUGUACAGAGAAGGCUGCUGUUAUAGACCUCAAGACUUGCCUCAAGAAUAUUAACCUCGGCGCGCCAUUCCCCGGUAGAAGGGAAGACUUCAGCAAUGAUACCGCGUGGAAUCAUUGGCGCACUCAAGAAACCUCAAUUCUCUCGCAGCUCAUGAUGGCGAUGAUAUCAAUUAAUCCCGAACUUGCCAAGUCCAUGCCUUCGGGCAAUGGUUCAAUCUAUCCCACAUCGGGGGCUCGUCCAGGCUCGUUGUCCUCUACUCGUAUCGACUCUCCUGGUGGGACGAAGCGACAUACUUCGAUUGGGAGCCGGCAUUCGUUCCUCGGAGCCGCAGACGAAGGUGAGGAGAACCACAGCGAUCAGGGGGACGACGACGAUGAGAUUCGUGUUGGCCACAAUUUCACGUUCAUUCCGCCAAAUCCCAAGAAAUUUUACAGGCGUCUCGUCGAAUACUGUCUCGUCACGGAUCUAGAGUUCAUGUUCAGCGCCGAAGUGGACGAUGCUGAUGAAGUUCCCCUGAGUAUUCUCAGUCCUCCUCAUGUGGAACUUAUAAACGAGUGUGCGAUGCGUUGGCGCAUAAACCAUACGUAUCGUGCGACAUGUUUCUUGGAUCAGAUCAAGCAACUAUAUGAGCGUAGCGACGUUCCCAUGGAGUGCAUACCAGAGGCCUUGCAAGGCAUCACGAAGGUACUUCAAGAUCUCGAAAUUGACAAGUGGCCCGUCCAGGAUUCAGAACUAUUGGCAUCCAUCUAUGGUGGACUUUACAACAUCUUCCUCUCUUCUCUAUAUCACGCCAUGGAUGCCUUGCCAAACCUAAAAGUCAGCGCGAUCCAACCAUAUCUCACUAUUCUCGACCACGUACGGGAGAGUGGACUCGUCGAGCGUUUUGAUGCAGAUAUCAGUGCCCGUUUGUCAGACUUGACAACUCGCAUACAAGAUGUGUCAGUCCAGUAUUAUCAAGAGAAGAUGGCAUCUUUGCAAGCAAGCCCCGGAGUCAACCGGGCGUUGCCAUUAUUGCUAAUGACGGACGAGCUAGAGAAGGCAGCAAAACAGCUGGACAAGCGAUUCGCAGAUCCGCUUGUUGGAGGGGUCGAUCUGGUCUCUCUUGUGGUGGAAGCCCAGGUUCCACUGUUCAUAAACGAACUUCAGAAUUCCUCGAAGCGGUUGUAUGAAUCGUCGAUGAAUGGUCCAACCCCAGACGUGCCUAUACAAGAUAUAUUUUCGCUCUACCGACGAACGAAAGCGUUGCUAUCGAUGUACAAGGCAUUUGCUCCUAAAGGACAACUGGAAUUCGACCUUGGGCAGUUUUUCAUGCCAUAUGUUCAUCAAUGGCUCAUUGACACAGACAAUAAGACUGGUCAGUGGGUGCAAGCUGCGGUGGCGGCAGACAAGUUCGAGGCAGAGAAUACGGAAGGACAUAGCGCGUCUAUUGUUGAUCUAUUUGACUCUCUCCGUAGUCCAAUAAAUUUCUUGCAGGACCUCGAAUGGUCAGAUGAGUAUCAGGAGGCGAGAUUCUUCACCAGUCUCUCCAAGACGAUAUCUAAGGCAAUCGAGCAAUAUUGUCGCUCCGUCGAAGAGCAUUUCAUGACAGAGAUGUUCCCGCGACCAGCAGACCACCUGCAGCCGCAGAAGUCCUCUGCUUGGCUCGAAAGAGCUAAGUCGCUUGCAACGACAGGCGAGAAGAAAGUCGAACCAUUCAAUUUCCGCCCAGAAUCUUGCGUCAAGCUGAACAACGUCGAAGCUGCGCGGAAGCUCCUUGACAACCUGUACAACCAGAUGCAGGUAGACAAGGUUGCUGACACGAUUGCUAAUCACGGGCCGCCUGUUCCCGACAAGAACGAGCGGCAGCGAUUCCUCUUUGCGGUGAAGAUUGUUAUGGCGGAGGACUUGGUACCGCUUGAUACCAGUCCGUCUGCAUUACUCGACACUUUCGUGACGCUCAGUGACGAGGCUGGGAAUCGCCUUGUGAAGACGAGGACGAUUUAUGAGAGCUUGAACCCGCGUUGGGAAGAGACUCAUGACAUAUCAAUCGACAAGCCUUUGUGGUUAAUGUGCAGUAUACGUGAUCGCGCGCUCGUGGGUCAUCAUGACGUUGUUGGCCGGUCCUUCAUAUGUCUCAACCCCAAGGAGUUCGGUGACUUCUUAACCCAUGAUGUAUGGCUGAACCUUGAGAACACCAACCAUGGCCACCAAGGGAGGAUACUUCUUCGAAUCAGUAUGGAAGGGGAGAAGGAUGACGUGCAGUUCUACUUUGGCCGAGCUUUCCGAUUCCUGAAGCGGAGUGAGGGAGACAUGAUGCGAAUAUUCAUCGACAAAAUGUCGCCAUAUAUACGACAGUCACUGUCUCGACCUAUCCUCAAAACCUUGAUCAAAGCCGGGUCUCUGGGGCUGGAUUACAACAAGGCACUCGGAAAUGUCACAGCGCUUUAUCGCUCAGCACUGGGCUCCAACGCCAGUGAGGUGCAGGUACCUCUUCCUCACAACGAGAAACCUCGCGUUCGGCCCGAGGAACUCACUGACGUAGAGAUCGAGCGCGCGAUCUCUCCUCUGUUCGAUUAUUUUGACGACAACCUUCAUAUUCUCAACACCUAUCUUAGCGAGACUGCAAAAGAUAUGGUAAUGAUGAGGGUCUGGAAGGAGAUUCUAGUCGUAAUAGAGGGUCUGCUCAUACCGCCGUUGUCUAAGCUUUCGAGUGACAUGAAACCGCUGAGUGACAAAGAGGUAGAUAUUGUUUUCAAGUGGCUGAAGUUCCUCCGUGACUAUUUCUAUGCGGAAGGCGAAGGCGUUCCGCUGGAAAAGCUACAGAACCAGAAAUAUCGGGAUGUUGUCUCCAUUCGCUUGUACUAUGACUGGCAUACGGAUACUCUCAUGGAAGAGUGCGUGCGUGCCAUGCAGCAAAGCUUGCGUGAAGCUGUUCCUGUCAAGAAGCGCGUGAAGAGCGUCUAUAAUCAGCGGAAUCUGGGAACCAUCAAGGAGCGCAAGAAGGUAAAGAAAGAGGAGAAGGAAGUGUCAAACGGUGAAACUAUUAUGAGAAUCCUUCGCAUGAGACCAAACACACAAGAGUUCAUCGCUCAGCAGCUUGAAAUGAUGACAACUGUGCAAGCGGAGCGCGAACGCACACAAGCUGAUAAACAGCAGCGAAGAUCUCAACGACCGCGGCAGGCGGAAAUUCCUGAAGUUCCGCCACUGCCCUCCGCUGUCUCGUAG